CGACUGCUUAGCUUCAUCACGGUGAAGCCAUUUUGCCAGCACUAUCUUUGACCUAUGAACCCCCAGAGUGUGGCAGCGCUCCGCCAUAUUGACUGUUGUCUUGACUGGAGAAGAUAGGGUGACCAUUUGUGAUCCUAGAACAAAUCGAAACCGUGCUUUUUAACAUCUCUAAACUAGCGCUACCUUGACCAAAGGAUAUAUCCGAGAUCUGCGUGAUGGCGAGGAAGAAAAACAAACAACAAGGAGUCGGGAGCAAGGAGCUGGUGUCCGGACAACAGAGCAUAUCGAAGAGCCCCGUCCCUCCCGGAGAUGCAGCUGGCGGGGAUGCAGGGCUGGAUAGACUGGCGGCCAGGGCGAACCAGCCAAUGCACACCUGCUGCCUCCUGUGUCACCGUGAGUUUAAGGACUGGGGGGCGAGCUCAGCCAACGGUCUGCCUGGGGGCCACGGGGCGAAGCUAGCUGACGCUGUCCCAGCCCUGUCCCAGGCCCUGCUCAGAGAGGUGCCGGGCCAGAAGCUGUCCGACACCGUGCCUUCGCUAAGCCAGUCUCUACUGGGAGAGGUGCCACUCUGGAUCUGCCAGAGCUGUCGGAAGAGCGUUGAGGAGGAGGAGAGACGGAGCGCACAGGAAACGGCUGUACCGGUUCCGUUGUCCCACUCAUCGUCGUGUAGGGCUCAGAGCUGUAGUGAAGGUUACCCAGAGCAGAGCUCGGUAGACUGGGAUCCAUCCUCCUUCCUCUCAGCCCACAAGCUUUCUGGUCUCUGGAACUCGGCUCACAACAACGGAGGGAUCCACUGCAACCACAGCACUGCCUCGCACGCACAGCAAGGAACAGGGGGACCAGCGUGUCAUGAGAAGCGAGUCUCUCACGAGGCUCCUGGGAAAUCUGCUAAAACGCCUGGGGCCAAAGUGUGCCCCUACAGCCACCCUUCCCAGAAUUCCAGUGGUUCUUCCCCCGGGAACCCGCUCUCUACCUCCGGGGACCUCUGUAAGACCACCCCAAAGCACUUCAAGACCAUGUGCCGACGACCAACACCGCCUGGUGAAGCAUUCCACCCCAGCGACCACCACCAACACUCAGACCUGUCUGUCCCCCCCAACAGCCCCACUGGCCUCUCCUCCUCCUCUCAGCAUUCCUCUCUCCUGCCCCUCAAGCAGAGCUCCGGAGGGCAGCAGCACGGCCAUGUCACAUCCUCCUCCUCCUCUACCGGUCUAGCUGCUCACGCCCCCUUCUCCCCGCUGGUACCAAACCUCCACGUCCCCGCGGCAGGGGCCAAACUGGGGGCCCUGGGUGGCCCUGACUGCUCAGCAGGGGCCAAGCUGGGGGCCCUGGGUGGCCCUGACUGCUCAGCAGGGGCCAAGCUGGGGGCCCUGGGUGGCCCUGACUGCCCAGCAGGGGCCAAGCUGGGGGCCCUGGGUGGCCCUGACUGCCCAACAGGGGCCAAGCUGGGGGCCCUGGGUGGCCCUGACUGCUCAGCAGCGGCCCUCCAUAAGCCCUUGGCAUGUAAGAACUCACACAUUCCUCCUGUGAACGGCCAGCACAGCAAACUGGGCCCCUCCCAGAUGGGCUGUAACCACCCCUGUAAUGGCCACAGUGGGGGGGCGCUGCCCUCUCCCAACGUGGGACACCUGACCGCUGGGCAACACCUGACCGCUGGCGCCUGCAGGGACCAGGCGUGUAAAGGACAUAAGCUGUCUAACGGGGCGGGGGGGUUGUGUCACCCCCCUUCGGAGCUGGAGGAGGGAGAGGACGAGGACUCUAGUUCUGAGAGGAGCUCCUGUGCUUCCUCCUCAAACAACCAGAAGGAUGGGAAGUACUGUGACUGCUGCUACUGUGAGUUCUUCGGACACAACGCGCCCCCGGUGGCGCCGACCAGCCGUAACUACACAGAGAUCCGAGAGAAGCUCCGGUCCCGGCUGACGCGUCGCAAGGAGGAGUGUCUUCCCCAGAGACGGGACUCUGACCCGGCCGUGUCCACCUCCGUCGACCACCGAGACGUGGACGAGCUGCUGGACUUCAUCAACUCCUCAGAGCACAAACCAGCCAACAGCGCGAAGGCUGCCAAGCGGGCACGCCAUAAACAGAAGAAGAAGGAGAAGCAGACCCAGGCGGGUAGUGGUGAUGGUGAGGGAGCUGGUAGCGACCCGCCCUCCACCCCUCCAGAGCCCAGUGAGGACCCAGACCACCUUAGCCUGGAGGAGGAGGAGGAGGAGGAUGUGGAUGGGGAGUACGGUGAGGGCCCGGAGGCUAGUCGGCUGCUGGAGUGGCCCCAGCUGGAACUAGAGAGGGUCAACUCCUUCCUGACUUCUCGGCUAGAGGAGAUCAAGAACACCAUCAAGGACUCUAUCCGUGCGUCGUUCUCCAUGUACGACCUCAACCUGGAUGUGAAUGACUUCCCGAAGAAGGCUGCUACUCUGGAGGGCAACCAUCUUCUCUCCCACCUCAACGGCUCCUCCUGCUCUGACCUGCAGCAGAUAGACCUCGACCUGGCCCCUCUCUCCCUGGGUACCUUCAAGAGCCAUCUGGACCUGGUCAGCGGCUGGGAGGAGGCCCAUCCCCGGGACAACUCCCCCAUCGGCCCCAUCUCAACCCCUGCUAGUACUACUGUACCUGGGGUAGGGGGACCAGGGGUUGGUACUGGGGGGAAGGAUGUUCACAGGCUCCACACCACCCCCAGCCUCUCCAAGCUGAUCCGGGUGCGCUCCCCAGAGAGGUGCCCCUCUGCUAGGCCUGAGAAUAAACACCAGGCCCCUGCGUCGAUCCAGACCCAGGCCUCUAUUAAGGUAGCUAAGCCUAAAGAGGAGACCCCAGCAGAGCCCAAGAACAUUACUACUCCUACUCCUGGGGUUAAUGUUGGGGCUGGUAAGAACAUUACUACUCCUGGGUCUGGGGUUAAUGUUGGGGCUGGUAAGAACAUUACUACUCCUGGGUCUGGGGUUAAUGUUGGGGCUGGUAAGAACAUUGCUACUCCUGGGUCUGGGGUUAAUGUUGGGGCUGGUAAGAACAUUACUACUCCUGGGUCUGGGGUUAAUGUUGGGGCUGGUAAGAACAUUACUACUCCUGGGUCUGGGGUUAAUGUUGGGGCUGGUAAGAACAUUGCUACUCCUGGGUCUGGGGUUAAUGCUGGGGCUGGUAAGAACAUUGCUACUCCUGGGUCUGGGGUUAAUGCUGGGGCUGGUAAGCUGAAGAAGGGCAAGAAGCAGCAACGUCAGGACCAGCUGCCUCCAGAACAGAACCAGACCAGACCCGGAUCCAAAGCAGCUGCGGAGUUGCAGAAAACUGGUUCUGAUGCUGUGGGUUCUAAGGCUGGUUCUGGUUCCAAACCACCACCUCACUCGGCUGAGAGCCAGAGAACCGGGGCAAGGAGGGCGGAGGAGACCAGACCCACCCGGCAGCAGGCCACCAACGGGACAGCGAGUAGCUCCGGUACUCCCAGCACCCAAAGAGGGAAGGGGGAGGAGCAAGAGGCCAAAGGUCACUCUGUCACCUCAACCAAUCACAACCAAGCCCAGCAGCAACCCAAGGGGAAGAAUAAGAAGAACAAGAACAAGGGAGAGAAAACCAGCCGCAACAUCGACGAUGUGUUUCUCCCUAAAGACGUGGACCCAAAAGAAAUGGAUGAGAUUGAUCGUGAGGUGGAAUACUUCAAAAGGUUUUGCCUCGACUCUGCUAAACAGACCCGCCAGAAGGUUGCAGUAAACUGGUCCAACUUUACCCUCAAAUAGGUUCCUUCCAACGCAGCCCAGUAACUGACGGGUUCUAGAAUACAGAACCAGCCCAGUAACUGACGGGUUCUAGAAUGCAGAACCAGCCCAGUAACUGACGGGUUCUAGAAUGCAGAACCCCCUCCCCCAACACAACUAUGUCCAUACAACCCCUGACGGCCUGAGGCCUUCUCUCAUUCCCACUCUUCCUCUUCUUCCUCACCAAGCCGAGGAACCCUGGUGCAACACCAUUUUCCAUUGGUCAGGACUGCGAUGCUAUUGGCUGACAGACAGGGAUCAUUCACACACACACGGGCCCGACUGAGGACUGGUCUCUUUGCUGUUUCACAACGAGGGAGAUGAGAGAUCCAGGGUGAGACACAGACGGGUGUUGGUUCUCCGUCUGUCAGAUCAGAUCUACUGUGAAAACAGUUACCUUUUUUACAAUAAAAAAUGUGUUUUUAUUGUAAUUGUGGGACAUUUUAACAUUGUAGAAACCUUCUUGGAUUGUAAUUGGUUGGUUCUAUUUGGUGCUUCUGGUCUCUAAAGGUACUGACCCACGACCCACGAUGAACUUUUACUGUCUUUAGUUUAGGGUAAUCUCCCCCAUCUCUCCCUCAACACACAGCGCUCUGUUUAUUGGCACUCUUUUAGAUAAUCAAUUGUCUCUAAAGGAUUUUACGUUGAUUUUAAGAUCAGAAUAGGUCUUAUGGUAUGGGGGGAUGUCAGGUUCACGCACAUUAUACUGUCAUGGACACCAUGUGGGUUAGUUAUCUAUACUGUCAUAGACACCAUGUGUGGGUUGGUUAUCUAUACUGUCAUGGACACCAUGUGUGGGUUGGUUAUCUAUACUGUCAUGGACACCAUGUGUGGGUUGGUUAUCUAUACUGUCAUGGACACCAUGUGUGGGUUAGUUAUCUAUACUGUCAUGGACACCAUGUGUGGGUUAGUUAUCUAUACUGUCAUGGACACCAUGUGUGGGUUAGUUAU